CUUUUUGCUGUGGAUGAUGCUGGUCUCUCUGGAACGAGCCCGGAGAUCCCCACGCCAGGCCCCAAGGGACUGGAGAGGGACUGGAAGAGGAGUGAGUGGCAGGCCUGGAGGCUGGAAGUGCGGGAGCAGCUGCUCGCCCUGCGCCGCUGGCUGGACGCCAUGGAGGAGAGGCUCCCGGCCCUGCCCCACGGAGAGCCCAGCCCAGAGGCUGACUCUGAGCAGCAGGGCUGAGCUUUUGGCCCCUGGCCGGCUGGCUCUGUGCUACCCUUUGGCCAUGGGGAACGUGCUGGGCAGGCCCAGCUGCCUGGGAGACAAGAGCCAGAAACCUGAGGACUUCCUGAAGGACGUGGGGCUUGGCCCCGAGCACCCGGUGGGGAGGAACAACUGUGACGCCAGAGCCGGGGCCCCCGACAAGUCACCCCUGAACCCGGUGGUGAUCGAGAACGGCUGGAGCCUGAGCCUAGGCUCGGCUAAGAGCCAGCCGAGCAGCCCCCUGCCCAAGCAGAACAACAUGGAGGUCAAGGUACAGAACGGGAGCAGGGGCUGCAACUCCCUCAAAGCCCAGCUGGAGGCAGCUGGGGCCACCUGGACCCCCCCGAGAGGAGCCCCCCACAGGGACUCGGGCAGCAGCUGGGCCUGGAAGCCCGUCAGCACCAGGGAGGUGACCGAGGUGACCGAGGUGACGGAGACCAUCGUGACGGAGAUCGUGGAGGUGACCGAGUACCCGGGCGGGGAGCCCGUUGUCACCAGGACGGUGAAGGUGCUGACGGAGUGUGCCGGGGAGUGGACGGAGGGUGCUCUGCAGGCCAUCACGCUCCCAGAGGGCUCGCCGAGUGGGGCGCAGGCCCAGGACACUUUGGAGACACUGCUGACCUGGGUGGCUGACAUGGAGGACCUGGUUGCCAACCAGAAGCCCCCUUCAUCUGAAGUGAAGGUGCUGAAAGCCCAGCUGCAGGAGCAGAAGCUCCUGAAACGGCUUCUGGAGGAGCGGAGACCCCGAGUGGAGUGUGUCCUGCAGGACAGACGGCUGCCCCGUGAGCAUGCUGCCAGGACAAACGGACAGUGGGCGAGCGGGGGCCUCUCAGACCUGCAGGAGAAGUGGGGAAAACUGAUCCAGAAGGCGAACACCAGACACAGCUGCUUGGAGCGGAUCCUGCCGGCUGCUCAGGGCUUCCAGGAGUCUGUGGAUUCCUUCCAGGAGUGGCUGAGCGCCACAGAGAGGCGCCUGGCCCAGCUCUGGCACGCCAACGGCUGCAUGACCCAGCUGCAGGCUGCCCACCAGCAAAGCCAGGGUCUCUGUGAGGAGAUUCGUUCCAGGAUGGGCGACCUGGAGCAAGCCCUGGAGCGGGGCCAGCAGGUGCUGGAGCUGGUGAUAGGCGAGGAAGCCCAGCUGGCCCAGGAGAAGAUGGAGUCCCUGAGGAUGAGGUAUCUGAUCAUGGGGCAGAGCAGUGGCGACAUCCAGCACCGGCUGGCACAGACACUGGAGGCCUCCUCCCAUGUGGACUCUGCCCAGGAGGACCUGGCUCUCUGGCUGGGUCGAAUGGAGAAGGAGCUAGCCGCUGGGGACAGCCAGCCAGCUGAUGGGCCACAGCCAGUCAGCGCCAGCGACAGAGAAAAGUUUGAGCAGGUCCUGGGGGCUGAACAUGCCCACCUGGCCAGGCUCGGCCAGCACCUGGAGGAGCUCAGGCAGGUCCAGCUGGACGCCCAGGCCAUCUGCUCGCAGCUCGCCACUCAGCAGCUCCUCUCCGCCGAGAUUCUGCACCACCGGGGCCUGGUGGAGCGCCUGCUGGGGAUCUCCGACCCACUGCUCCGCACCUGGCCCCUGCCCUCACACCAGCACCCGCAGCCAUCAGCGCAGUCCCUCCAGGAGCAAACUGAGCGGCUCUUCCUGGAGAGUGCAGCCUGCGCGGUGCAGCUGGAGCGGGCCCAGGCCCUGCUAGCCCAGUUCACUGAGGCCCAUGACGAGCUCACGCCCUGGCUGGAGGAGACGCAGUUGGUGGCCGUGCGGCUCUCCCCCGACGCCAUCAGCUGGGAAGCCUUCAAGGAGCAACAGGACCUGCUGCAGUGUCUUCGGGAGGCGCUUGCUGAGCACCGGCCCCUGAUGGGGAAGCUGCAGCGCGUCUCUGCCCAGCUGGCGGAGCUGAGCCCGGAGCAGGGGGCCCCGUUCCAGCAGCAAUGCCAGGCGGCAGAGGAGCAGUACGGCAGCAUCCGGGAGCACGUGCACCAGGCAGCCACGGUGCUGGAAGAUGCCAUCCCGCGCUACAGCCAGCUCACGGAGCGCAUGGACUUUCUGCUGGAGAGCCUGGAGCGGCUCCAGGGCCGUGUGCAGAACCCCCCCGUGGUCCGGGGCGAUGCAGCCCAGCUCCGGGAGCAGAUCUGCGAGAACAGCCUGGCGCUGGGGGAGCUGGAGAAGCUGGGGGUGGCACUGGAGACCGUGCGCAGCCAGGGGGCCGAGCUACUGGCCAGCAAGCAGAUGGCUCACGCCGAUGCUGCAGCGAAAGUGAUCCAGGAGCGCACGGAGCAGCUGUGCAGCCAGUGGCGCUGCCUUUGCGGGCAGGCCGAGGAGCGGGAGCGGUGGCUAAGGGGCCUGUUGGCGCUGGCCGAGCGGUUCUGGCAGGGGCUCGCUGAGCUGGCCGUCAGCCUCACAGACACCCAGCAGAUGGUGCUGAACUUGGAGGAAGCCGGCUCCGACCCUGAAGCCGUCCGGGCGCGGCUCUGCACCAUGCAGGCACUGCGAGAGGAGAUCGACGUGCUGCAGAACGACCUGGACACACUGGGCAUCCUGGGCGUGGAGCUGAUGUCGUCCUGCGGCGACCCGGACAAACCAGACGUUACCAAGAGCCUGGACGAUCUCUACUCGUCCUGGCACAGCCUGAGCAAGGUGUGGACGGAGCGGCAGGGCCGCCUGCAAGAGCAGCUCCAGGCCUCGCUACGCUACCAGAAGGCCAUGCAGGGGCUCUGUGACUGGCUGGCCACGGCCGAGCUGCGCAUGGCAGAGGAGUUCCUGGUUGGGGGGGACCUGGAGCUGGUGAGGCAGCAGCUGGCGGAGCUGAAGGAGUUCAAGAGGGAGCUGUACCAGUGCAAGGUGGAUGUGGAGAGCCUGCGGCACCAUGCAGGGGCUGAGGACAGAGGCCCCCCAGCUUUGUUGAGUGACUUCCGGCAGCGCUGGGAUUGCCUGGAGGAGGAGAUUGUCAGCCGACAGCACCAGCUGGAAGCGGCGCUCCUGGGCUUGGGGCAGUUCCAGAACCAGCUGGAGGAGCUGCUGCAGUGGAUUUCCCACACGGCAGAGCAGCUGCAGGGCCAGACCCCGCUGAGCUUGGAUCUGCAGAGCUGUGAGAUCGAGCUGGCCAAGCACAAGGUGCUGAGAAACGAUGUCAUGUCCCACGCCCGGACUGUCCAGUCUGUGAACGAGGUCGGCCAGGGUCUGCUGCUCUCCAGCCUUGCGGACAGCACGGACUCGCUGCAGUGCAGCCUCCAGCAGCUCAACCAGCGCUGGGACUUUGUGCGGAGUGAGACCGAGAGCCGCCAGCUGGAGCUGGAGAACAACCUCAGCCAGGUGCAGGACGUCACGCUAGAGAUCAUGGACCUGCUGCAGUGGCUGGAGCACGUGGAGCUGCAGCUCUUCUUCUCCAAGCCUGUCUGGGACCACCCUGAAACCACCAAGGAGAAGCUGGCAGCGCACCUGGAGCUGGCCAAAGAGCUGGAGUCCAAGCAGCAGGCGUAUAACAGCGUGAGGGACCGGCUGCAGCACCUGCUGGCCUCCUGCAGCCUUCCCCGGGCCAGCAGUGCCGAGCACAGCCUGCGCGUCCUGCAGCAGAAAUGGGAGAGCGUCCACAGCCAGGUCCAGGAGAGGAAGGAGCGGCUGGCGGAGGGGCUAACUCUCAGCAGUGAGUUCCACAGAACGGCGCAGGAGCUGCUGCAGUGGCUGGGGCAGACAGAGGAGAGCCUGAGUGCCCCGGAGCCACCCAGCUUCCUGCUGGAGACGGUCCUCCGGCAGAUCCAGGAGCACAAGGCACUGCUGAAGGAGGUGACCGCCCACGGGGAGCAGCUGUCCAGCCUGGAGGCGGUGGCCGCUCGCCUGAAGGACGUGAGCAGGAAGCAGGACUGUGCUGUGAUCCAGAGCCUGGUGCUGACGGCCAAGGAGCGGGUGGCCAAGGUGCUCCGGUGUGCUGGUGAGCGGGGCGCCGCGCUGGAGGACGCUCGCAAGCGUGCCAAGCAGUUCAGUGAGUCCCGCCAGCUGCUCCUGGACUGGAUGGAUGAGGUGGAGCAGACUCUGCAGAUCCCCGGCAAUGCCGCCAUGAGCCAGGAGGAGAUCAAGUGCCAGCUGGCUGAGCACAAGGAGUUCCAGAAGCUGCUGCACUCCAAGCGUCCCGUGUAUGAGGCCACGCUGCGCAGUGGGCGCUUGUUGCGGGAGAGGGCCCAGCUGACCGAGGACGUGCAGCUGCUGGAGGAGCUGCUGGGGGAGCUAAAGGAGCGCUGGGACGACGUGGGUGGCCGGGCUGUGGAGAGGCAGCACAAGCUGGAGGAGAGCCUGCUAUUCUCGGGCAAGUUCACGGACGCCCUGCAAGCCCUGCUGGACUGGCUGUACCGGGCCGAGCCGCAGCUGUGUGAGGAGGUGCCGGUUGCGGGGGAUCGCGACCUGGUCAGCGACCUCAUGGACAAGCACAGGGCUUUCCAGAAGGAGCUGGGCAAGCGAGCCAGCUGCAUUAAGAUGCUGAAGCGCUCGGUGAGGGACCUGACGCGGGGCAGCAGCAGCGUCGACUCCCAGUGGCUGCAGAAGCAAAUGGAGGAGCUGAGCGGCCGCUGGGACCUGAUCUGCAAACUCUCCAUCUCCAAGCAGGGCCGGCUGGAGGCUUCGUUACAGCAGGCGGAGGAGUUCCACACCCUGGUGCACUCGUUCCUGGCCCACCUGGCUGAGUCGGAGAAAACCCUCCGGCACGGUGUCUUCCCAGAGGAGGAGGCGGCCCUGUGCGAGUGCCAGAGCCAGCUGCAAGAGCUGAUGAAGACUCUGCAGUGCCAGCAGCUCGAGCUGGAGUGCAUCACGUCCCUGGGAGAGGAGAUCCUGUCUGCCUGCCACCCCGACUCCAUCGUGACCAUCAAGUCCUGGAUCACCGUGGCCAAAAGCCGCUUCCAGGAGGUGCUGAGCUGGGCGCAGCAGCAGGGCGAGCGGCUCCAGGCCCAGACGGCCAGGCUGGCCGCGGAGCGGGAGGAGAUGGGCCGGCUCGUCGACUGGAUUGCAGCGGCUGAGGAGUCGCUGAGCCUGAGGGACCAGGAGACGCUGCCCGACGACGCCCAGCAGCUGGAGGAGCUCAGCUCCCAGCACGUGGAGUUCAUGGAGGAGCUCAACCGCAAACAGCCGGAUGUGGAGAAGGUCACGAAGAGCUGCAAGCGCAAGCUGGCCCCGGAGCUGGGGCCGCCGGCCACCCGCAGGCUGGCUGCAGGGCGACGCGGCAUUGUGAAACCCCCUCGCACCACUCCCCAGGUGCCGCUCAUCGACCUGGAGCCCCAGAGUCCCCCCAUGGCGCAGCUCCUGCACCGCUGGCAGCAGCUUUGGCUCCUGGCCUUGGACCGGCAGUACCGGCUGCAGAGUGCCCUGCAGCGGCUGCGCGAGGUGGAGGAGUUUGCGCACUUUGACUUUGGCAUCUGGAGGAAGCGGUACAUGCAGUGGAUCAGCCACAGGAAAUCCCGCAUCCUGGAUGUUUUCCGAGGCAUCGACCGGGACCAGGAUGGGCGGAUCAGCCAGCGGGAGUUCAUCCAGAGCGUUCUCUCCUCCAAAUUCCCCACUAAUGUCCUGGAGAUGAGUGCCGUGGCCAGUAUCUUUGAUAUGAACAGUGAUGGCUUCAUUGAUUACUACGAGUUCGUCAGUGCUCUGCAGCCCAGCCGGGACCCGCUGCGGAGGGUCGCUGAUGCUGACCAGAUCCAGGACGAGGUAAACCGGCAGGUGGCCCAGUGCAACUGCACCAAGCGCUUCCAGGUGGAGCAGAUCAGUGCCAAUCGGUACCGGUUCGGGGAGUCGCAGCAGCUGCGCAUGGUACGGAUCCUGCGUAGCACCUUGAUGGUGAGAGUGGGGGGAGGCUGGAUCGCGCUCGACGAGUUCCUGGUGAAGAACGACCCCUGCAGAGUGAAGGGACGAACCAACCUGAAGAUCAAUGAGAAAUACCUGUCCCCAGACGCCUUAGGGGCCGUGACCGCCCGUUCCGGCAGCCAGUCAGCCCCCCACUCCAAAGUGCUGUCCCCCAGCCGCUCCAACUCCAGCCUCAGCCUCUACAGCAGCGCCUCAGCCCCCAGCAGUCCCCUGGCCAGGAAGGCUGUCCUGCGCCGGACGCACUCCGGAGACCGGUGCCUCCGCUCCCGCAGCUCCCUCCUUGCUGACAGGGCUGAGCUGAGCUUCUCCGCCCCCCAGGCCAGCACAGAGCCUGCGCCCCCAGAGCCCCCCGAAGGCCCCCCGACCUGAGAGUGCAGCCCGAGGGCACCCGCCGGAGCGGCCCCCCUGCACCAGGGACAGCAGACGCCUUCCCUGGCACAGCCCAAGCCCCAAGCAGGAUUUUCUGCCCCUCCCAAUGGCUGCGCCAGCAGAGCCACUUCCACGCCGGGGAUGUGGCUCCAAGACUGGAGAAUCCUGGCCUGACCCUUCAGCAGAGAGAGAGAGGGGUGUGUGUGUGUGUGUGUGUGUGUGUGUGUG